UUUCCUGGCAAUCAACCUUUCCUUUGUUCUUUGUGCCUGGAUGUCCUCGUGGUUUUCUGGCAAAGUCUGAAUUUUCCCUACCAAGGUCCUUGACUUCAAUUUAAGAAUAAGAAACUGGACAUGUCACAAAGGUAUUUUAUGCACGGGGUUUGUAAGGAAGGAGAUAACUGUCGCUACUCCCACGACCUCUCUGACAGUCCGUAUGGUGUAGUGUGCAAGUAUUUUCAACGUGGGUACUGUAUUUAUGGAGACCGCUGCAGAUAUGAACACAGCAAGCCAUUGAAACAGGAAGAAGCGACUGCUACAGAUCCGAGCACAGAACCAUCUCUAGCUGCUUCAAGUCUCCCUUCUGGAGUUGGACAGCUCACGGAAAUGGAUACCGGCAAAGCUGAGUCAGGAAACCCAAACCUUGCAGCUGUAGGUGGGGCAGGUCCCGAGGACUGGGUGAAUGCCAUCGAGUUCGUUCCUGGGCAGCCAUACUGCGGCCGGACUGCCCCUUCCUGCACUGAAGCACCCCUGCAGGGCUCAGGGGCUGAGGUGGAAUCUGAGAAGGAGCAGGCGGCAGUGGAAAGCAAGAAGCAGCUGUGCCCUUAUGCUGCGGUGGGAGAGUGCCGCUAUGGGGAGAACUGUGUGUAUCUCCAUGGCGACGCAUGUGACAUGUGUGGGCUGCAGGUCCUGCACCCCAUGGAUGCAGCCCAGAGGUCACAGCACAUCAAAUCCUGCAUUGAGGCCCACGAGAAGGACAUGGAGCUCUCGUUCGCCGUGCAGCGCAGUAAGGACAUGGUGUGUGGCGUCUGUAUGGAAGUGGUCUAUGAGAAGGCCAAUCCCAGUGAGCGCCGUUUUGGCAUCCUCUCCAACUGCAACCACACCUACUGUCUCAAAUGCAUUCGCAAGUGGAGGAGUGCUAAGCAAUUUGAGAGCAAGAUCAUAAAGUCCUGCCCCGAAUGCCGCAUCACAUCUAACUUUGUCAUUCCAAGUGAGUACUGGGUGGAGGAGAAAGAAGAAAAGCAGAAACUCAUUCAGAAGUACAAGGAGGCCAUGAGCAACAAGGCAUGUAGGUAUUUCGAUGAAGGACGCGGGAGCUGCCCAUUUGGGGGUAAUUGUUUCUACAAGCAUGCGUACCCCGAUGGCCGGAGAGAAGAGCCGCAGAGACAGAAAGUGGGAGCCUCGAGGCGAUACCGGGCCCAACGAAGGAACCACUUCUGGGAGCUCAUUGAGGAAAGAGAGAACAGCAGCCCCUUUGAAGACGAAGAGGAGGUUGUCACCUUUGAGCUGGGCGAGAUGUUGCUUAUGCUUCUGGCUGCAGGUGGGGACGACGAGUUGACAGACUCUGAGGAUGAGUGGGACUUGUUUCACGAUGAGCUGGAAGAUUUUUAUGACUUGGACUUAUAGCAGCUUUUGCGUGCUGUGAGAACUGCUCUGCCAGGCCUCAGACCAUAGCUGUCCCCUGUGCUGUGUGGCGCUGCGUGUGGCUCUCCCAGGCAGGCUUCUAAACUCCAGGUGCUGUAGUGAUCAUUACCUAGGGCCUGCUCCUCCACCCCUCACCUUUCCCCCCCAACAGUGUGUCGUUUUUUUCUGUUUCAAAAAGUUACAAAAAUAAAUCUUAAAGUUA